CGCUCCACACCAUCACCUGCCCGCUACCAACAUUUGUAUCGCCGCACUCGAGCUCGCUGUAGAAGAUGUCGGACACUACGGAGGAGCAAACUUGUAGGAUAUGCAGGAGCGGGGCAGAGGAGGAUGCUCCGCUCUUUCAUCCUUGCAAGUGCAGCGGCAGCAUACAAUAUGUUCACUCGGAUUGUCUGGUCGAAUGGCUGCAUCACUCUAAAAAGAAGCACUGCGAGCUGUGCGGCCAUGCAUUCGCUUUUCACAAGCGAUACUCGCCGAGCAUGCCGAGCAAGCUGCCCACCCGACUGUACGUCAAGCAAGCUCUGCGAAGCAUCCUCACAUUUGUACGCACAACGUCUCGAGCUCUGCUAGUCGCUUUGGCAUGGCUGGCGUUUCUACCGCUCGCAAACAUCUACACCUGGAGGGCAUACUUUUGGCUGGGAGAUGCCAUCGCUUGGUGCUUUGUCGGUGGGGAAGCUGCUCCUUGGAGGGUGCUGCUGGAGGCGCCUCCUGCCAGGCAGGCAGUCGUUCGUAGGAACAUCACCAAUGCGACCACAAUCAGCCCAGCAGCCCUAAAGGAGCUCGCUGAUCAAUUCACAGCCAACAUUACGGAGCUCCGCCUAGAGCUCGCAAACGUCACGCGCGCUUACGGCACCUCUGUCGUAGCCCCUCGCUUCACGAUGGCAGCGCUUGCUAAGAGCUUCUUUGAUGGUGUUCGCGCGCACAUCAAAGCCAGCAAACCUCACUUUGCCGCGAUGAUGAGGGUUCUAGCGCGCGACACCUUUGAGGGGCAAUUGCUGACUUGCGUGGUUGUGGUCAUCUUCGUCGCCGUCUUUCUCUUCAGAGAGUGGGUGAUGCAGCACACACCUGCGCAGCCCAUUGAGGAGUUGGCCGAUGUAGCAGCGCCUGCGCAAGCACCUAUUGCAGGUGCACCGGACGAACAUCGAGCUCGCCAAGAACUGCUUAGGCAACUCCGUCUAGCCGAAGGAAUGGUGGAGCGCGUUCCCCCACCUCGCGGGCCCAUCCGCGGAGCCAUCGACGGGGCCGCGCAAAACGAAGCAGUGGGGCAACCGGAGGUAGGGGCCGAUGGCAUGCCGACUGCCGAAGCUUUGGAACGCCGAAGAGCCCAAGCUGUUGCGAUGGCGCUUGCGGCCAGAGCUCGUGGCAAUGACGCGCACCAGAGAGCAGGAAAUGGCGGAGAAGAGGCUGCACGGCAACCCGAGUCCCCUAUCGACGAUGGUCGACAUUCAGCAUCUAGCAGCAGCCCAGGUCCCACCUCUCACUCUAGCCCAGAAGACACGGGGGACCCUGCAGACGAUUUGCUGCGAGCGCGCGCUCUGCGCUUGAGGCGCUUCAUGCCGACCAGCGAAGGAGCUCAAGCUCAACCUUCGACUUCCGCCGAGCCUGCAGAGGACCGUUCUGUCACCAGCACUCCAAAGGACAGCUUCGAGGCCGGCGUGGCUAGCUUGGAUGAGACGCGAGGUGCGCGAGCAGCACCGACGCGCGCGCGACCCGACACUCGGAGCGAUGAGUGGCAAGUAUCCAGCGCUAGCAGUACUUCGGCAAGGAGCGCGUUUCCAGAAGAUGCGGACGUCGUGAGCUCUGGCAACGAAGACCUACCGAACAAAGGCAAAGGCAGAGCGAGCCUUGAUGACGUCUCGUCGCCCUCUGCGAAUCUGAUCAGCAACCACAACGACGGCUCGCAACCUUCAUUCCCCGUCGAUGCGAGCGAGUCUGACGUUUUUCACGAUGGCAACUCUACCGACUCGUCGUCAAAAGCUGCCGAUGUGGGCGAUUCUCUCGCUUGCAGUGCCGCAUCUACUCACCGUGCCAGCAUCUCGGAAGACUCUGCCCGCGUUGCACAACACGACGCGCCAGAAGAUGCGGCGCCCCAGGAGCAGGUCCCUGAUCUUGGAGCUGCAGCGCCCCUCGCGAACGCCAACGCUGGGGUCGAUGCAGGACUGGGACUUGGUGCAGCUCUAAAUGUCGACGUGUGGGAGGACGUCGAAGACAACGACGCGGAUGGCAUCCCACUUGACGAGGACUUGGAAGGCAUCAUGGAAGCGAUCGGUAUGCGUGGCCCAUUGGCGACGCUUGCAGGCAAUGUUGCGAUGAUGCUGGUCCUGUGCAGCUUUGUGCUCAUGAUCUUUGUCGGAGUCCCAUUCGUGGUUGGUCGCACCACUGCGCUAGGUGUUAACCUGGUUCACAUGAUAGCAUACCCUAUCCAUCUAGUGAGAAAGAUCACAGACCCGCUCUUCGACUUUAUCAUCGCAAGGGCUACCAGACAUCUUGCCAGUGUCGCGCAAGAGAAGCCAACAGCGAGGACCACCUCUGAAAUCGGCGACUGGAUUUCCGAGGUGGCAAGUCGGGCAAGUCAUCUGACCCGCAGAGCACCAGCAGCUAUUCUGCAAUCGCAAAAUCUACCUCUGCGCUUCAGCAUGCCCGCCAAGGUAAAGCAAAGCAUGGAGAAAGUUGGCCAACUCGUCGGCGACGUCUUGCCCUUCCGAGCAGAUUCAGCCAUCGAAUCCGUGCUCUUCACCAUCACCGCCGCCGUAAUUCGCAUCUACACCAGACUCCAAGCCAAGACUCAAGGCGACAGUCUCUCAGACCGACUGUUCUGCGUCCUCGUAGGCUGGCUUCAUUGGCUCGGCCUCAUCACACUGCAAUCAUACAUCGACUCUGCAGCCUUUUCGCGCUUCAACGCCAAGUGGCUCAAGAGGCAUCUGGACCAACAACUGCUCCUCUUGAAAGUCAUUCUCUUUACCGUCAUCGAAGUUGUAUGCUUCCCUCUAGGAUGUGGCGUGCUCUUGGACCUUUGCACCAUGCCUUUGUGGGAAGGCGUCACGAUGGUCACUCGCUGGAGGCAUUUUCAAAGCGCUCCUUUCUCCAUCGGCUUCACUACUUGGGUCGCAGGCACGCUGUGGAUGUACGUAUUCGCCCAAUUCAUCAGCACCACUCGAUCCAUGCUGCGUCCUGGCGUCAUGUGCUGGAUUCGCAACGGCGACGAUCCAGCUUUUCAACCCAUUCGCGAAAUCAUCGAGCGCCGCAGUUUCCUCCAGCUCAAAAAGAUUGGCAUUUCCGCAUGUCUCUACGCGACGGUGCUUUCGUCUACGGUCGGAUGCGCCGUCUACUUUACGCGCUACUGUCUUCGCGGCUUCUUGCCGUUGAUGUGGCGCCCUCAUGAGGCCAUUUCGCCGCUGCCCUUUGACCUUCUCGCACUCCUCUUUCUCCUCAAGCCGGUAGUAAAGGCGUGCAAGCCGGAAGCGAUUUUCAAGACGUAUGCCAAAAAAUGGUGGACGGCAACCUCCACCUACUAUGGUCUCGGGCAGUACCUCGUUGGGGCGCAGGAAGACGCAGAACCGAUCGCGGAUGGGGUCUGGGCCCGAGUGCCGGACAGCGACACCAUGGUUCCUGGUCCGCUUUUGAUUUGGACUGACGCCGAGGGCGAGCCGCUGACGGAAGCAGGCCGCGCAGCCAGAGACGCGCAAGCUCGUGCCGCCGAACCGAUGACCGUCAAGCCCAAGUAUCUCAAACUCAAGCUCCCUACGCGCUUCCGCUAUCGCCUCAUCUCGGUCUUGUCCACGCUGUGGAUAACGAUCUGUGUCUGCAUCGUCAUCAGCCUCACCCUACCGCUCCACGCCGGCCGAGCGGUCGUCUCUCGGACAGGACUUGCUCCUCUGCACGACUUUUACACUUAUUCGCUCGGACUAGCGCUUUGCACCAUGGCGACUAUCCUUGGUUCGAAAAUCGCCCGAUGCGCGCGUCGGCGCCGGGCUGGCACAUUCCGUUGGCGGCCGUUCCUCUCACGAGCAAGCACGAUCGCCCAGCGUGCGGCAAGUCGUCUCUGGAUCAUCGUAGCUUUUGGCAUCAUCACGCCGACUCUGCUUGGUCUGGUCAUUGACAUCUACAUUGGCUCGACGUUGCGCAUGCACAAGCUAUCGGAGCACUCGCUAGCGUAUGCAUGGGCUACUGGGCUAUUACAGCAAAGGAUUGCCGUUUUUGGACUACGUUGCGUGCUCCUGCUGCACCAGCGGCAAGGCGAAGCGACUCCAGGUUUUCGGUCUCUUGUCCGUGACUUUUUGACCUCGGUGGAUACGCUCCAAGCCUCUGGCGUUCGGAGACCACGACCUAGACAUGCCACGAUCCACGUCUUUCUGCCCGUGAUUGCUUCGCUCACGAGCUUCAUCGUGGUGCCUAUCCUCGUCGUUGUUACCCUGACAAACGUUUUGGGAGUCGUCGGCAGCGAAGCGCAGAUGCUUCGCAUUGCAAACAUCGGUCUCAUGACUGGUCUCUCACUUUCGUUUUCUGCUCGCUAUACCGACGGCAUCAUCGAUAGCUGGACAACGAUCCUUCGUGACGAGAACUUUCUCUUGUCAACGCAGCUCCAAGACUACAAGCCAGAGUCCGCGCCCACCGCUGGUGUACAGGCAUAGCUUGCAAAGCACCUUGACCGAUGCUUCGAGACGCCCAACAACAUAUCUUCCCGUUACUGCACCAUCUCCGGCAUGGCCUCGCAUCCGCUCCAAUCCACCACAGCACACAUUUGUAUAGUACAAUACAUAGCCCCCGUCUUUGCGCCCGGCGGCCCUGGUCUCAUCAAUGCGCAACCUGUGGCAAUUGUUGAAGCAGC